GGAGACGUCACAAAGUAUUCGCGCCGCAAGUCGUCGGUGGUACACGGGUACAGCCGCAGCAUCCGCAUCGUCGUCCUGAGCCGCACGCUACGCAAGCACGCCGCAGUUAGCCGGCGCCCGAUGAAAGCCGCAGCGAUCCUGGCCGCCUUGGCCUGCCUACUCGAGGUCUCGCAUGCAUUCCCGUUCAAUUUUAACAAGAGGAAUUUAGAUUCCCUAGCCAGAACCGGACAAUUGCCAGAAUAUAAACGAUCACUAGCUUCAUUGGCCAAAAGUGGACAAUUACCUGAAAAAUUGGUUCAAGAGAAACGAAUGUUGGACGUCUUGGAGCAAGCAAGCGAUGCAAACUCAAAGGCCAUCCAAGAGCAAAGAAAUCGGGUAGUAGAGGAGAUCAAAAAUUUGGCAUUAACUGGGGUAAUGAAAAGACAAGCAACUUCCGAGCCUGAUUUCCGUGACGAAUUUAAAUCGGACUUGAGGAGCAUAUUGGACCAAUUUUUGGAAAAGUUUGGGACGACAUAUGAUCCAGAAAAGGUAGAGCUGUUUUUGACCAACAUGGCCGACGAAGUGUUCGAAAACCAUGGUGUAGUUUCGUUAGAUCACAUCCGAUUCUUAAUCGAGACUGGUUACUUCCAGCCGGAAAUGCGCGAAGAAGACGAUGUAAAACCAGCUGACGGAGAUUCAUCGCCAGACGACUAUAUUGCUAAACGAUUCAUGGGCUCGUUAGCCCGGAACGAUAACAUGCCGUUUUGGUACAACAGCCCGAGGUACGUCGCCAAGCGGUACAUUUCUUCAUUGCUGAGACAAGGAAGAUUGCCUUAUGGAUUCCAACCCACCACAGAGUCGUCGACGAAAAACCAAAACUGGAACUUACAAAAUGGCCAAAAACCCAAAAGGAGUGACGCAACAUUUCAAAAUAGUGAAGAGUUUAUACCCGUGAUGCAAGGUAGCAAAAGCUUGCAAAGUAUUAUUGAUGACUUGAUACAAGAUCCUUUGCAAAAGAGAUACUUGGGUGCGUUGUCACGCAGCGGUUGGAUGCCUAGAGGAUUCACUUCAACAUCGUCCCGGUCACCGGCUUCAUAUCACUCGUUCGGCAGCACCGGCCAGAGUGGCUACGGAAAGAGGCACCUGGCCGCGCUUGCCCGACUCGGCUGGCUGCCGUCCUUUAGAAACCCUCAUUCGUUUUACAUGCGAAACGGUAGAGGGUCGUCGUUCCAGUGUGACAUAAACAAGAGGACUUUCGCCGACACCGCCACCACCUCCGACGGGAACGUCGAGAAUACUGAGUGGUCGUCUGAAGAGCUCGGGUGGGACCACCAGCAGUCGUCGGCAGCAACAGAACAGGCGCAAACAGACGACGGGGUGAAGAACAAGAGGUAUCUGCUUCUGCCGGCCGUGGACAACAUAUUGUUGCGCAGGCAGUACCCUCAUUUAGCAACAAAUAAAAUUUAAUCUAAUACUAAGUUACAUGCUUCGCCGACAUAUACAAUAUUAAACGAACGUAAUGUUUUCACAAUAA